GUAAACAAAACAAACAAAACAUUCGUUUUGAUACGCACUUUUUUUUGACCAUUUGACUUGCUUAUUGUCCUUUUUUGUCGAUUUUUAGUAUCUUCAGCCUUUUUCAUUACUAGUCUACUUUCCUUGUGAUAUCUUUUCAUCAAUUGUGACUGGUAUUCAACAAUUUGAAAGGAGAUUUUUAAAUUUAUCAUUGACCUUCUUAACAAGUUCCAUUGUACUUCAACAUUUAAAUUUUAUUGUCAUCUAAAGCACUGUCCAACCAUUUUCUGUGCCUAUCUUUGCUCUUAAUUGGUUAUAAUUCUGUUUAUUCCACUAUUGUGAUUUUAAUUCUUUAUCUACCAUAAUGAGUAAAGUUGAUGAAGUAGAUUACUACACCUUUCACAAUAAUCCUCAACAAGGAUCUUCUGGUUAUUUAUUGGACUCAGAUGACUCUAGUUCCGAUCCGGCCUGGGUAGAAAGGCGGCAAAAAUUAAUUAAUCGCCUGUCAAACGACCUUGCAAUUGCUCCUGAAGAUGCUGAUGAUUUUGAUGCUCUUAAUGAUGAAACUUUCGGAGCUGCAACCUUCGACGAAGAUUGGGAACAUCAACAUGAAAAAAUGGCCUCAUUGAUUUCUGGGCCUUCUCAAUACCAAUCGCCUGCUGGCUUAUCAGGCAUGCAUAAUCAACCACACACGACGACAUCACCUUCCCCUCAUCCUCCAUCUUCAUCUUCAUCUCAAUUUUUAAAUCAAAACAAUCUUCCCUGUUUCGACUCUAGUAAAGUUCUGGACUGUCAAACCAUUGAACAGGGAAUGCACAAUUUGUCAACAUCAUCCAGAUCAAUUCCUCCAGAAGCAGAUAGACAAAAAAUGAGCUCAAACAGCUAUUUUUUCGGCAAAACUUCAUUGGAAAAUCCUUUCAAUAAUACGCCAAUUAGAUCAACAGAAUCAAUUUGGAAUACUGAUCUUGCAUCUACAAAACUUAAUCAUAACGAUAACACUAAUAUUCAAAUGACGUCACCUAUUUUGAUGGCCAAUGUUGUAAGUUCAUCUAUGUGUGCACCUGCUGAAUCAUCUUCAGUAAAUCAACCGCGAAUAAUUGAAAAUGAUGACAAUUCCUCUUCCAGGCCUGUUAUAAAAAGACCAGUUAGAGCAGAAGAUUUAGAAGCUAUGCUGUUGAACUCCGACGUCAAUCGUAAAAAUUCUACUUCGACAGAAAAAUCUACACCAAAAGCUUCAGAAAGUAAUUUGAAAAAUGAAAAAAAUGAUAGUGGUUGGAGCCCCUUCAGUAUGGGUGGUUUCAUACCUAAUAUUCAGCCUUCUACAAAUGUAAAUACGAAUGACCAAAACAGUCAGCCUCAAGCUCCAAUCGGUUAUGGAAAACCAAGCUCGGUAAAUUCCCGCCCAUCAGCUGAUGUUGACCCAAAAAAUUCAGUUUCUAUUGGAAAGCCAUUCAAACCAAUGACCUUAGAUGAAUUAGAAAGACAUCUGUUGAAUGAUAAUCCUAAUAAUACCCAAAUUGAAACAAAACUUGUUCAAAAUGCUGGCAAUAAUUUGAAUAAAUUUUUUCCUGGUGUAGAUCUAACAAAUAAUAACCAAGAAAGGAGAGUUUUACCCGAACCAGUCCAGCCACUUGUUAGUUCAACUAUAGUACCUCCAUCAAAUGAAACGAUCAACCCUAAACCAUUGUUCAGCAGUCUAUUUAUGCCUGGAAAUAGACCUCUUAUUCAACAAUUUGUACCUACGGUCAUAUCUCGUCCCCCAUUUGUGCCAUUCUUACCUGGACCUAUUCCCAAUCCAUUGUUCAUCCAACAUCAUCAAAUGCAACACUUACAGCAGCUUCAUCAACGAUUCGCUCAUCAACGCCGACAGUUUUAUCCUCGACCAGGUACACCUUACCAGCAUCACGAUAGAAGUUCCAACGACGAUGAGUACGCUGGCUUAAUGACUCAAAGCAAUAAAGAAUGGCUGAUAAAAAUUCAAAAUAGUGCAUUAAAUUUCACAAACCCUUAUAAAGAAGAUUUUUAUUUCGUAUCUUUUAAAACAAAACAAUUGGCAACUGCUGCUAAAGCUAAAAAAGGAGACAAUGGAUCAAAAGUUCCUGCUUUAAUUAUUCCGGAAAGGAAAAUUGACGAUAGUACAAAAGUCGAAUAUGUGCUGGUACAAUUUGAAGGAUGUCUGGGAAAAAUUCGAGUCAUUGAUGUAAAAUGUCCUCGAAAGUUGUUAGAUGUUGAUCCAAAGCACCCAACCGAAAUUGUUGAUCCAAGCCAAGACAGACCAAUGACACCAAUCGGACGAGCAGAAUUGAAUGCGUUCCGUCGCCUAUUAUUGGAUAUUGAACAGCUCUAUGCACUUAUGCUGGAAAUAGAUGAAGAGGAUAAAAAGAUGGGCGCCCUUCCAGAAUUUCAACGAGUGCCUCAUGCUAACAGGCGAUCCGAUCUUUGCAACCAACUUUUCAGGGGCGUUUAUGAUGAACAAAGUGAAAACAUAAAUCAGAAGAUAGCCAAUGUAAGGAAAGGCAUCGCUUUAAUUGUAAGAUCACUUCAAGUUCUUUCCGAUUCAAAACAAAAAGCUGCUAUCGUUAAAAGCCUUUUAGAUAGCAAUAACAUUCACUAUGUGACUAAUUAUCGAGAUAAAGGCCUCCAUCAUCUAGAUUUCAAAGAAAUUCUUACAGAUGUCAUUGCCUCACUGAAAGAGUCUCAACUUCCGGAGAUAGACUUACUUUCUCGCAAACUGAACAGUACAUCAUUUUUAAAUUAAUUGAUUUCAUAGCUUUCAAUCAACCUGUUGCGCGAAAGUUAUCUCUACCGGCCAUUUUUUUGACAAUGUUCUUGUUAACAUUAUGCGAUGUUACAAUGAAAGACCAAGCAGAACAUUGAUUUGAUUUUCUUUUUCGUCAAUUUGUAAACAACAUUUCACAUUCAUUUCAAUUUACUUUAUUAACAUCAGAUGAGUAAAUUGAAAAUGAAAUAGAUUAAGUAUAAAACAUCGCUAUCAAGUCAAAUUAAAACAUCUUCUGCUAAAAACUAUAAAAUGAUUGAGUUCUUCAUUGGAAACUUACAAAACAACUUUUAUAAUUAGAAUUGAUCAUAAGACUUCAGCCUUAAUUACUGUUAACAGAUAUCUUUUGUUGAGGAAAUUUGAUAUCUAAAUUUUUUCCUUCUGCCAUUAAAGCUUCAAUAUCUUCAAUUGUUCUGGGAACAUUUGUUAACAGCUCCAUUCCAGUUUCAGUGACAACUAUAUUAUCCUCUAUUCGAACCUAAACCAAAAAUAAAUCAAUUAAAUUAAUGCAUUGGUUUAACAAUAUCAUAACAAAUGGAAUUGAAUUUUUUGCAAAAGAGCAACUUACUCCACCAAAAUUUCUGAAUUGAUCAAUCUUAUCAGCAUUUAAAAAUUUGGAUUUAAUCGGAUCAGACAAAGCCUUGUCAAGCAGAACACCAAUAAAAUAGAUUCCAGGUUCAAUUGUGAGAACCAUUCCAGCCUCUAAUUUGCGAGCAGUCCGUAAGGAUUUCAACCCUUCUUCCGAUCUUCUUUCUGGUGUAUGUUCCAAGUAACCACCAACAUCGUGGGUAUCGAUUCCCAAGAAAUGACCCAAUCCAUGAGGCAUGAAAACAGCUCCUAACCGUUGCUCCAUCAUUUCAUCGAUAUUUCCCUUGACCAACCCAGCUUUAAGUAAAUGUUCAAGAUGCACACGAUCAGCCAACAAAUGCAUAUCAACCCAACUAACACCGGGCUUAACAUUAUCCAUCACAGAUCGACUUGAUGCUAGAACAGCAUUGUAAAUGAUUUUUUGGUUCUCCGUAAAAACACCAGAAAUGGGAAAAGUACAUGUUAUAUCGGCUCCAUAGCAAUAAUAUUCACAGCCCAUGUCAUUGAGACACAAUUCGCCAUUUUUUAAGGUUCUAUCGUUUGGAGCUCCAGCAUGACCAUAAUGAAGAACCGAACUGUUUAUUCCAGAUCCACAGAUACAAGUAUAUGAAAGGAGUCGAGCUCCACCAUUGUAAUGACAAUAAUGUCGAAAUAAACUUUCAAGUUGAUAUUCUUU